CAAACUCAAGAACCUCACUCUCCUGGAAACCCACCCAGAACCUCCACCCUCUGACGCCAUGGUCAGCUCCUGUUGUGGCUCCGUCUGCUCUGACCAGGGCUGUGGCCAGGAGACCUGCUGCCGCCCCAGCUGCAGUGUGUCCAGCUGCUGCAGGCCCCAGUGCUGCCAGUCUGUGUGCUGCCAGCCCACCUGCUGCCACCCCAGCUGCUGCAUUUCUAGUUGUUGCCGCCCCUCCUGCUGUGGUUCCAGCUGCUGCAGGCCCAGUUGCUGCAUCUCUAGCUGCUGUCGCCCCAGCUGCUCCAUCUCCAUCUGCUGCAGGCCCCAGUGCUGCCAGUCUGAGUGCUGCCAGCCCACCUGCUGCAUUCCUAGUUGCUGCCGCCCCUCCUGCUGUCUGCGCCCAGUCUGUGGCUGGGUCUCCUGCCACACCACUUGCUAUCGGCCCACCUGUGUCAUCUCCACCUGCCCCCGCCCUGUGUGCUGUGCCUCUUCCUGCUGCUGAAUCUCUGCCUGUAAUCUUUGUCACACUAUGGAUGUCCUCACAAGUCAUAUAAAAUCUGCUGGAGCCAGCCAGUGACUGGGGAAUGGACUCUUAGCUGCCAACUCUUCUGAUUUGACAUUCAGAGUUGGUAUUCAGUUCUAGGAAAUGACAGAUGAAAGCACAUUCAUCAGAUGAUUUUAACCCAGGCCCAAAUGCGUCUAUUUUCAGACAAGCACUGUGGUCAUCCUAAUUAUAUAGUGAUUGUGAUGAUCUCAUGUGACAUUAUUUCCAUAUGUUGUUAAUAAACAGCCAUUUCCCCUGAUA